GAAUGAGAUAACCCGGCACAAUCCUUCCCAGAGCUUAUUUGGCUGUCUGCAUCGUAGCACGAUGAUUUUUAAGCAAGCCGGGAACUUUGGUCCGUCCUCGCAUAUGUUCAUAGUAUGCAUGAUUAUCCGAAGACCGAGCUCUGUUCUAUAUAAACAACUUUGAUGUACAAGCGAGGGUCAAGUAACUGCUGGUAUGAUUGCCCCAUCCUUCUUCCCUUUAUACAAGUUUCUUGACAAUUUCAGCAUGGCAACCUCGACCUCGCCAACCUCGGAGCUUGCCACCACCAGUGGUGAAACAACCAAAAAUGAGCAAACGUACCCCUGCUCCUGCCACUGCGGCUCGAUAACCUUUACCGUGACCCUCUCCCCCCCGCUGGCAGAGCAGACAGUGAUGGAAUGUAACUGCUCGAUUUGUCGACGGGUUGGGUAUCUACUUGUUUUCCCUCCCAAAGAAGCAGUCGUGUUCUCCGAAGACAGCCUCCCCCGCCUCUCCCGCUACCAGUUCAACACCAAACAAAUCGACCACCUCUUCUGCGGUAAUUGCGGCUCCAGCUUGGGCAUCGACUUUCGCGAGUUUCGGCAGAAGGGGUACGGGAUCAGCGUGAGGGCGUUCAACGAUGUCGACCUGGAAGGGCUGAAGUACAAAAAGGGGGAUGGAAAGGCCAAGCUCCCUCCUUAUAGUGAUUUAUCCGGGGUCCAGUGGGCUUUGGACCACCCUGCUGGCGAGAACGAGCGGAAGGAAAAGGCUAUGUAGUGAAGAAAAAAUAUGAUAAUGUUCUUUUCGCUUGCUAAUGAUGCAAAACCCUCCGCCCGCUGAUACGCGGCAGUACAUUAUACCAAUCAACCCACCUCGCAUAAAGCGGCAUCCCAAUGCUCGCAUUCUGCCCGUUGUCAAUCGCCUUGAUCACCUCCUUCGCCACAUCAACCGGCUCCACCACCGGGGCCAAGAACGCGUUGGGUGUCUUCACCCCAGCAAACAAAGGCGUGGAGAGCUGCCCCGGGGUGACAAGCACCGUUCUAAUCUCGGGGUGUGAUUCCUUCAGUUCCGCCG